AUCACCAAAACACAACAAUCCGAUCAGAAAAGAUGAGCGAAGAACUUAAUCAAAACCCAUCAUCAGCUCAGUCUCUGUCAAUGAGAGAGGGCAGAAAGUUUCCUUUUCUGUCUCUGCCUCAAACAUCAUCAGCUCAGUCUCUGUCAAUGAGAGAGGGCAGAAUGUUUCCGUCUCUGUCACAAAACCCAUCAUCAGCUCAGUCUCUGUCAGAGAGAGAGGGAAGAAAGUUUUCUUUUCUCAAUAUGUUCUCUUUUCUCAUGCCAUUGUUGGAGGUUAUUAAGAUCAUUAUUGCUUCUGUUGCCUCCGUAGUCUUCUUAGGCUUCGCCUGUGUAACCCUCGCCGGUUCUGCCGUGGGAUUAGUCGUAAGCACACCGCUUUUCAUCAUAUUCAGUCCCAUUCUCGUACCCGCUACGUUAGCCACGGCUGUCUUAAGCACAGGGUUAACGGCCGGUGCCUCCUUUGGAGCGACAGCAAUUGGUCUCAUCAUGUGGCUCAUUAAGCGUAGGUUGGGAGUAAGGGCGAAAAAUAAUCCACCUCCAGCCGGACUUCCACCGACUUCGGGAGGAGGAGAUAAAACUCUGAUCUCAAAGUCAAAGUCAAAUUCAAAGACAAAAUCAAAGUCUAAGUCUAAAGGUGGGUUUAAUCUGCCAGCUUGGUGUAAAAUGAUCCCAGGGUUAGGUAAAUUUGGGGGUGGGAAAGGUAAAUCUGGGAGUAAAGGAGGUAUGUCUGGCAGUGAAGGAGGUUCGUCGUCGUCUGGGGAUGAAGGUAUGUCCGGUGGUCGAGGAAGUAAAUCUAAAAGUAAAGAACAUAAACUUGGAGGUAAAAAAGGUAAAUCAAAAAGUAUAAAAGGUAUGUCCGGAGGUAUGUCUGGAAGUGAAGGAGGUAUGUCGUCCGGAAGUGAAGGUAUGUCCGGAAGUGGAGGAGGUAAAUCUAAGAGUGGAAAACGUAAAUCCGGAGGUCUAGGGGGUAAAUUCGGAAAGAAAGGAGGUAUGUCCGGAAGUGAAAGAAGUAUGUCCGGAAGUGAAGGAAGUAUGUCCGGAGGUAGUAUGUCUGGAGGUAGUAUGUCCGGAGGUAGUAAGUCCGGAGGCAGUAUGUUCGGACGUAAAUCUAAAAGUGGAGGAAGUAAAUCUAAAGGUCUAAGAGGUAAGAGUAGUAAAAAAGGUUUGUCCGGAAGUGGAGGAAGUAUGUCCGGAAGUGGAGGAAGUAUGUCCGGAAGUGAAGGAAGUAUGUUUGGAAGUGAAGGCCGAAGUAUGUCUGGAGGUGAAGGAAGUAUGUCCGGAAGUGGAGGAAGUAAACACGGAGGUGGAGGAUGUAAACAAGGAGGUAAACUCAGAGAUAAGCUCAAAAGUAAAUACGGAGAUAAGCUCAAAAGUAAAUACGGAGGUAAGCUCAAAAGUAAAUACGGAGGUAAGCUCAAAAGUAAAUACGGAGGUAAACACGGAAGUGGAGGUAUGUCCGGAGGUCGAGGCAGCUUCGUGGAGGAGGAGUAAAGGACAUUGGUGUUCCAACAUUAAGCAGAACACUGUGCAUUAAUUCAAGAUUUUUAUGAAAGGCUUCCUAAAACGUUUUAUGUUAAAUGUAAUGUUGAAUCUGAUUAUAAAGAUAACAAGAAAUACUAUAGUACAAUGUUUAUUUAAAAAAUAAUAAUAAUGUGGGAAUGCUAGCUUUAUACCUUUCUUUCUUGAAAGUA